AUGGCGUUUAGAGACCAUAUGUUGGAGAUGCCAUUGAUAGACCAUGUAUUGCUGGUGUCUUCUGGAGGCGAAAAGAUUCAAGAACUGAGGGAUCUAGUAACUGGUUCCCAAGAGAAACUGUUCAAGUAUACCACGAUACUUCUGAGGGUGUAUGUCGCCAGUGUGUUCUUGUGCGCCACUCUGUACCUUUGUAGCCCCGUGUAUGGAAUGAUGGUGCGAGAAGACGAGUCUUUGCGUCUUUUGGCCUUCGACAUGUGGUUUCCAUGGAGUUUAGAAGAUUACACGGUUUAUAUAAUAUCGUUUAUAUUCCAUGCCUACGCUGGUUACCUCUGCUGUAUUGCUUAUCCCGGCCUUCAAUCAAUAAUAAUCCUUCUGCUGGGACAGAUAAUUCGUCAAAUAAGGAUUCUGACAUUUAUAUUGCUACACAUGAAUGAGUUAGUGCUAGAAGUGACUCGCGUUCAGGAUAAAAGAUGGCAGUAUAUGUGUACUUUAGUCCUGUCUCAAUGUGUGGACCAUUACGUGAAAAUCAAAAGUUUCAGCAACCGACUCAACGUUAUAUGUCGUCCAUUUUACCUAACGUUGAUAUUAGUUGCUAUUAUGCUGGUAUGUAUGUGCUCUGUGAAAAUCGCAGUAUCGAACAAGGUAUCUUUAGAUACAAUGAAAUACUACAUCCAUGAGUUCUGUUUUAUUUUGGUGGUACUUAUGUUCUGUUUAGUUGGACAGCAAGUGGACAACGAGUGUGAAGCUCUGGAGAGAGCAGUUACAGAGAAAUGGUACAUUUUCAACCACAAUCAUAAGUCGAACAUACGGAUAUUCAAUAUGGCACUUGGUCAGCGCAUGCCUAUCUAUAUAUUUGGAACUAUUACUCUGUCUUUACCUACGUUUACUUGGUUCAUCAAAACUGGAAUGUCAUUCUUCACACUGGUAAUGUCAGUUUUGGAAGAAGAAACUCAAUAG